CACACACAGAAGGAGGACAAGAUGGCCUCGUCGUGCAGCGCGAGCGACAACACCUCACUGCAGUAACAUACAUCAGAGGAGCGUGAUCGCGCUCGAGCGGCCGCGCCGCACCAUGUUGGCCCGGAAAGGUUUGCUGCCCGACGGCUUCCUCCUGACCCGCGUGGCCGAGGACACUCGGCAGCCAAGCUGCUUCCGCAGCAAGGCCCAGAGAGCGCGCUUCAUCACCAAGAGCGGCUCGUGCAACGUGGCGCACAAGAACAUCAGGGAGCAGGGCAGGUUCUUGCAGGAUGUGUUCACCACCAUGGUGGACCUCAAGUGGCAGCACUCCCUUCUCAUCUUCACUUCAGCCUUCCUCUGCUCAUGGAUGCUUUUCGCCAUGGCCUGGUGGCUCCUGGCCUUUGCACACGGGGACCUGGAGCCCCUAGGGCCAGAGAGCGGACCGGCCCCUGUCCCCUGUGUCACCGCCAUCCACUCCUUCACCUCUGCCUUCCUCUUCUCCAUCGAGGUCCAGGUUACAAUUGGAUUUGGGGGCCGGAUGGUAACGGAAGAAUGCCCACUGGCCAUCACAAUCCUGAUUGUUCAAAACAUCCUGGGUCUCAUCAUCAAUGCCGUCAUGCUGGGCUGCAUCUUCAUGAAGACAGCCCAGGCCAACCGGCGUGCCGAGACCCUCAUCUUCUCCCGCAACGCUGUCAUCGCAACUCGCAACGGCCGGCCCACCUUCAUGUUCCGUGUCGGAGACCUGCGGAAGAGCAUGAUCAUCUCUGCUACCGUGCAGCUGCAGGUGGUCCGCAAGACGGUGACGGCCGAGGGGGAGGUGCUCCCAGUCUGUCAGCUGGACAUCCAGGUGGAGAACCCUUUGCGGAGCAAUGGCAUCUUUCUGGUCUCCCCACUUAUCAUCAGUCACACCAUUGAGCGUGACAGCCCCCUCUACGAUGUGUCCGCCCAGUCUCUUGCCAACGAGAACCUGGAGAUUAUCGUCAUUCUGGAAGGUGUCGUUGAAACGACGGGCAUCACCAUGCAAGCGCGCACCUCCUACACGCCUGAGGAAAUCCUUUGGGGGCGCCGCUUCGUGUCCAUUAUUUCUGAGGAAGAUGGAAGAUACACGGUUGACUACUCCAAGUUUGGGAACACGGUGCCGGUGCGCAUGUCCUCCCUCAGUGCCAAGGAGUUGGACCAGACGCGAGGGGUGCAGGGCGGGAGCACUCCCGAGGGACACUUCCAGGGCUGGGGGCUGGUCCGAGCUGGCAGGGGUGGGUACCGCAGAGGAGGCAGGGCUUGCGACAGCACAACCUCCCGGCCGUGGUACGCUCACGCAGAGAAAGGAGACGUGGAGGAGAUGGUGGAGAAUGGGAAGAAGAAACAAGUCCCACUGGAGGAGAUUGGAAGAGAGAGAGAAUUGGAGGGAGACUGAGGAACAGAAAGUAGGAAGGGGAAAGGCGAGGAAUGGAAAAGGGAAAAAACUCUUUUAUAUUAUUAGUUGUGUUUGUGACCAGGCAGUUAUUCACGUUUUCUUACUGGAAGAUGUUUUUAUACCGUGUGCCAUGAUGGCCCCACAAAGCACCACCAAUGUCAGCGAUUGAACCGAGUCCUUACAUGUAUUUUACUGCCUCGCAUCUUGAAACUGUCAUCAUUAAGGUUGACCGUUUUCUGUCAGCACCGCGAAUUUGACCACUUUAAGUUGUACUGAAGUGCAGAGAAACACAAGCCAUAUCCAAUAUCGGACUUCCUACAAAACAGCAAUAUUGCGGUACAAGAAUGCAGUAUUCACAGAAAUGCCAGCUAUAUUUUCGCUCACACGGGACUGCUGCAAUUGACGGCAAAAAAUACGAAACUUCGGCAUGUCAAAAGAUGCCUCUGAAUGUGAUACCAGAGCAGUUUUUUACCCUGAUGAAAUGCAGGCAGUACUGAUGUUUUAGUCCAGUUCCACGAAGAUAAAGUAACUGUUCCA